GCGCGCCUGCCCAACGCGACCCCUCCGAGCCUUGCAUCGACCGCCACUCCCGCAAACCGACUUUUGUUGUCUGCGUCAACGCCGGGUUCGCUCAGCACACGCCAUACACGCUAUUAAUCAAUCAAGCAUCAACACAAAAUGGCGGAACAACAGAUCUCUCAGGGCGCGAUAGAGGCCAUCUUCUUCGAUCCCGACCGCGCAGCCGUGCAAUACCCGGUCCCGGUGAUGCAAUGUCUUCAUAUCAAGACCCUCGAGAGCAAGGGCCCGGGGGCCGCCGCGCCCGAGAGGUACCGCAUCGUCCUUAGCGACAUCCGCAACUACGUACAGUGCAUGCUGGCCACCCAGGCGAACCAUGUGAUGCACGACGGUCAGCUACAGCGCGGAUCUGUCGUGCGCGUCAAGCAAUACCAGGCCCAGUCCCUCAAGGGCAAAAACGUUAUGAUCAUCUUGGACCUCGAAGUCAUGACCGAGCUCGGCACGCCGGACAAGAUUGGCGACCCCAAGAGCAUGGAAGUCACAACGGGCGAGCGCCAAAAUACCACAAGCGGGGGGGGGGCUAGUUUCUACGGCGCCAGGAGCGAGCCGGCUGCGGCGACAGCACCGCAAGCUCAGCGGCAGCUGACCUCGCGCCCAGGAGGGGGCAGCGGGAGCGGUGGGCUCCCUGCGGCCACAAUAUACCCCAUCGAGGCUAUCAGCCCGUACGGGAACAAGUGGACCAUCAAGGUCCGCGUCACGAGCAAAUCAGAUAUCAAGACAUGGAAGAAGGCCACCGGCGAAGGCAAGCUCUUCAGCGUGAAUUUCCUGGAUGAGAGCGGCGAGAUCAGGGCGACCGGCUUCAACAACGAGGUCGAUCAGUUCUACGACUUGCUGCAGGAAGGCUCCGUCUACUACGUCUCGACACCCUGCAAGGUGCAGCUGGCCAAGAAGCAGUUCAGCAACCUCUCCAACGACUACGAGUUGACGUUUGACCGCGAGACAGUCAUCGAGAAGGCCGAAGACCAGAGUUCCGUGCCUCAAGUCCGUUUCAACUUCUGCACCAUCCAGGAGCUGCAGGAAGUUGAGAAAGACGCGACCGUCGACGUCAUUGGCGUCUUGAAGGACGUGGGCAAGGCGGACCAGAUCACAUCCAAGACGACGCAGAAGCCCUAUGACAAGCGCGAGCUAACCCUGGUCGACGACACGGGCUACUCCGUCCGGGUGACCAUCUGGGGCAAGACGGCCACCGAGUUCGAUACCAGCGAAGAGUCCGUCGUUGCCUUCAAGGGCAUGCGGGUCAGCGACUUUGGCGGGCGCAGCCUGUCGCUCUUGUCAUCGGGCACGAUGGCCGUCGACCCGGACAUCCCCGAGGCGCACAAGCUGAAGGGCUGGUACGAAUCACAGGGCAAGAGGGACACGUUCGCCACGCAUGAAAACCUGUCGUCGCUCGGCGCUGCCGCUGGCCAGAAGGAUGCGCUCAAGCUGAUCGCGCAGAUCAAAUCCGAGAACCUCGGGGUGGAUGACACCGUCGUGUACUUCACGACCAAGGCGACCAUUGUGCACCUCAGACAGGAGAACUUUGCCUACGCGGCCUGCGUGUCCGAUAACUGUUCCAAGAAGGUGGUCGAUGCGGGGGAAAAUAGGUGGCGGUGCGAGAGGUGCGACAUAGUUCACGAUCGGGUGCAGUACCGCUUCAUCAUGGGCGUCGACAUCAGCGAUCACACGGGUCACACCUGGGUUAGCUGCUUCGACGACUCGGCUCGCAUUAUCCUAGGCAAGUCGGCCGACGAGCUGAUGGAGAUGAGAGAGAGGGGGGAUGGAAGCUUCGAGGAGGCGUUUAACGCAGCUAACUGCAGGAAGAUGGUGUUCCGAUGCCGCGCUAAGACGGAUACGUACGGUGACCAACCGAGGGUCCGGCUCCAGGUGAUGAGUGUUGCAGCGCUGGACUACGCGUCGGAAGCCAACAAGCUGGCGGAACUGAUCAAGGAGAUGAGCGUGUAGGUGUGGGCUGGCAAUGUACAGCAAAAAGGU